AUCAAAUAAAAUUGACAGUAGAAGCGUACAAGUUUGGAAAAUAAGUAAAAUAAAUUUUGGUAAACGAUAAAUUUUGGUUUUCAAGAAUUAUGGGUUUUAAAAAAAUUAAAAAGUUACUAACGUUUCUCAUUCAAAAAGACAAUGUAAAAAUAAGAAAAAUUGUGACCAACGCAGAAAAUGGAGAAAAAGAAGAAUACGACGUGUCCGACUUCAGUGAAUCUUCGGCAACCAGAAAUAAUUGUACUAGUGUCGACAGCACUGUCUUUGAAGAAUUGCAAAAGGCCUCGUUGAUAACCCCUUUUGUGUCAAAAGAACAGGGAAUUCAGGUGACUAACAAUGAGGCCCCUGUAGAUACACCACUAGAUCUGCAAGUGUAUAUAGACAAUAAUAGGUUUGGACACUUAGAAUUAAAUGAAAGACAUAUGAAAGACUGCGAAAUUGACACUAUUUACGAAGAUAAUUAUUAUAUUCGUAACAACAUUUAUCAACUUAACAACCUUAGUACAAUGAAAGAAUGUAAUUUGCAGGUAAUUGAAAUGGAUCAAAAUAAUGUUCCUCAAGCAUCCUUUGAACUGGAAGUUUUAAAGAAAAAUGGUCUGCAAACUGAAUUAAGGCCAUUCACACCACUAAAUUUUGGCAACAAUGAGCCACCACCAAUUUUAAAUACAAAUAACAAUAAUGAAAGUUCCGUAUAUAAAAAAAGAACUUUUAAUGCUAUAUUAUCAAAAAAAGUACACUGUGACGACAUUUUUGCAUAUAGGCCAAGACCUAAUAAAUCGUACAAAAUUAUACAAUCAAGAAAACAUUUUAGAAAAAGAAGAUCUCGAAGAGAAAAAAUAAUUAACCAAAAUAAUGAAGAUGACGAAUCAGAAUUUUUAUCCGAACGAGUUUAUUAUACUGUAGAAGAAGAUAUUAUAGAGAAAGUUAACAAUUUUGAUUAUCCUUAUCACGAUCAUUCAGCUGGUGAUUAUUGCAACAAUGAACCGGAUUUCAACGGUGUGGAAUUCAAAGAAUAUUGUUAUUUUCGUUAUUACAUUAAUGGAUAUGACAGGGAUAAUUCUUCUGACUAAUACGUAUUACUUCAAAUGUAUAACAUUUAUGUUUAUGUCAAGUAACUUGUGAACUAAUAAUUUCAAAUACACUGAUAAAAAAAUACA